CUGGACAUUCCCACUCUGGGAAAUCCAGUGCAGACUGUAGAGGAGAAGAGAGGAGGAAAUGUUAGUUCUUCUCUUUAUAGGCUAAAGCUCCUUUUUGAAAAGGCAAAACAUUUAUGCUGGAGCAACAUCUGAUGAAGGAUAUGAUGCGAGUGGAUGAUAAGUGAGGGGAGAAAGUUUUGUGGACAAUGCAGAGAGGAAGCGGAGCCAGGGAAAGGAACUGAGGACCAUGUAGGAAUUCCUGACUGAAGUCAUGGGUUCGGAGGCUAUGGAGGACUGCGUGCAGGGGGCGCUUUCAUCACUUUAUCCGCCUUUCGAGAGCACAGCACCUCCUCUACUCUCUCAGGUCUUCUCAGUCCUGGAGUCAACCUACCAGCAUGACAGUCUGCGCUACCUCCUGGACUAUUUCGUACCUGCAAAGCAUCUCCUGCACAAACUUCAGCAGCAUGCCUGUUCUCAGUAUUUGGGAUGCUUGUUCCUUCACUCCGGCUGGCCCCUCUGCCUCGGCGAGAAAGUGGUCGUUCAGCUCUCCACCUUGGACUGGAGGCUUCUGCGCAGUAAUGACUUCUACCUGCAGGUGGUGCCCUUUUCUACGCGCUGCCCACGACUGGCCCUCAAAUGCUUGGCCCCUGGGGGUCGUACGGUGCAAGAAAUCUUGGUCCCGGAGUCACAGCAUCCCCUGGUGUUCACCUCUGAGUGGCUCCAUAGCAUCAACAAAGAACGCGGUCACAAGAGAGAAGUUGGAGGAGGACUCGACACCUGUCUGGUCAGUACAUGUGAUGGUGUAGUACGACUACCAUGGAAGGAAGUCGUCUACCCAAAAUUCCUUCACGACCCAUCCGAGGAGCUUGGCAUGGUUUCCAACAGACUUUCCAGUGAGGGGAGUAGCUUCCUGAGUGGGUGGGACGGCUCCUCCUCAGGAGACCCUGACACCUGGUCCUGGGAUGAGGAAGAGGAUGAAAGUCUCCCAUCAAACAGCAUGCACUCUGCUCCUGCUUUCAGACGAAGGCGCAGUGAAGAUGGGCUGGGACGGACGGCAAGGCAACCUCACAUGGAUGGGGAUUAUGUGGAACUUUUGGAGCCCAGAGGGGGACCUGAUGGGGGAGUUGAUCCCAAGCAGAGGUACUUGGAGAUGCAUGGGAUUAGUAAGACCAGAACAUUGCCCUUAUGCAGGAGAGGUAAGGCCAUUAAACUUCGCAAAGGAAAGGCUUGGGGUUACGCAAAGACAGAAAGAUCAGGAAGCUUUCGCGGUGCGUACAGUACCAAGGAGAAGAAAGUAAAUCCAAAUGAUGAUAUGCUAUUGCCAAUGCCUCCGAUAACAAUUGAAGGAUCUGCCAGAGUAAGGCAGUCAUAUUCCUCCUCUGCUCAUGACUCAGAUGAAGGAGAUAAAACAAAUAGAGGCAGCAAUAGUCUGGAAAACAACAGCCUAUAUUUUGAUGGUCAGCUGAAAGAGAGGAGGCCUGGUGUGGGUAAGGAGAGAGAGAGCAACAGCUUCCCACAACCGUGCAGAGAUGGACAACAAAAUAAAGACUCUCAGAGCAGUGACAGCUUGGUAGUAAGUGAAAUCUAUGCUUUAAACCCUAAAAGUGGCCAUGAUGUUGAGGGCCAAUCAGAUCAUGGUUCACAAUCGGACUCUGUGUUUGAGGAUGCUGAUAAACCACUGAGUGGAGACAGCGAUAUUGUUACGCCAACGCCAGACACACCAGAGACACUAUCUGCUGAAGUUCCUGAAUGUAAAAAUACAUCAAUUAGUCAGUCUAAAAUGGGGAAGUCUCCAAAAACAAAGAUCCUAGACGAAAGGUUUGAAGGAAGGACGGAAGACAGAGUGUGUCCUAGAGGAAAAGAAGUCAAAACGGCAGGAUUCAGAGCGCCACGGAGGAAAAGGAAGGGGAAGGGUGCCAAAGGCAAGGCCAGGAAUGGUGGCAAAACCCAAAAGGGUACAAAACUACAGGCUAAAAGUCCCCUACCAAGUCCCACAGCCAACUCUGCAUUAUCAGAGCUUCCAGUCCCAGAAGAGAACAAGUCUAAGGAAACACAAAAUACUGACAAACCUGAUGGAGCGCCCAGAACUGUCACUAAAGGGAUGAAAAACACAAGGAAAAGCAGCAGAGUUGAGACAGAAAAUGGAUUGUUGCCUGUGUGCAAUGGUCAGUCAGGCACAUCUUUAUUUAACCACUCAACUGAGGAGGCUGGAUCACCAGAGACAUGUACUGACCAAAUAAACGGUGUUACCUCCAAAGAUCCUCUGCUUCUGAGGGAACUGGUUACAGAAUUACUCCAGUCGGGGAAGCUACAGCUGACAGGUACUGUGGAUAGAUUAGGGCGAGCUCUGGUUUUCACAGAUGCAGAUGCUUCAGAGGAGGGAUUCUGCUCAGAGGAAAUGGCACAGAUUUUUUCAUGUUACCACCGAAUAACUCGGCCUGAAGCCAAAGAAAAGGGGCUGACGGUGCUCAUAGACAGCAGACGAUCCCAACCAUCCUCUCUUUGCCUCUCUGCACUUAAACGGUUCCAGGUCUUGGUUCCUGGGGGUCUUGGAUCAGUCUUGGUUUUGGUGGAGAAUCAGCAGGAGUCCCUUUCCUUAACAAUAGAAGGAAUAGAGACACACAUGGUGCGUGGCACAGGAGUCCUUCAGCAGUAUGUGGACAACCAGCAGCUUCCUAAAGGGCUGGAUGGAGACUUCAGUCACAGCCACUCAGACUGGCUGGCCUUCAGACUGAGGUUGGAGAAACUGACCGAGCACUGUGAGAGCGCCCUCUCUCUGCUCAGAGAAGCACUGCAGUCAAUGGAGACAGAAGAGAUGCCAAACAACAUUAAGGCUAUUCCUCAGAGCAUUGACAAACACCGACAGCUCAUGGCGAGUGUCCUGGCCGACCAACGCCUAACAGAGCUGCAGCAGAGGGGCGGAGCCUGGCUAGCAGGACUGAAUAACUGUUCGUCUGGACUGGCACAGAGGUCACCUGACUGCAGGGCUGCUUUCGCUGCCACUGCUCAGCUGUACGACAGCGUUGACGACGCCCUCCAUCAGCUCGUCCAGAUUUCCAACCGGAGAGGCCGGGAUCUGGAAGCACUGGGACGACUGGCAGGGCUGGUGGACAAACUGGAAAAGUGUGACAAGGAGAUUGAGCAAGUGCAAUCCCAGCUGGAGGAAUACAAGGACCCCCCUCUGUCUCUCAGCAGACUCUCACUGAAACAGCAGAAGUUCAGGACUUUCAAAGAAACAGCCAAUGAGCUGCACAGUGAGACUCUGUCAGUGCUCAGCGAUUUGGAGGGCUGGAGCGAGCUAAACUGGGCAGGACUCAGUAACGUCCAGAUCCGCCUUCCCCCGGUGAGAGAGAAGCUGAGAGACAUGUCCCACUGUCUAUCAGACUGCUGGACCACACUGGACAACACACAGCGCCUGCUGUCUACACUGACAGAGGCAACCCAGUGGUGUGAUGCGGUCUCCUCCACUCCCUCCUCACCCACUACCUCAUCUUCCACCUGCCCCCUUGCUUCCCUCCCUCCAAUCCCCCCUUCUCGUUUCCAGGAUGCCCGAUCCUUAGCUAUAGAACUUGGAGGCGGGGCACUCCUGGACCUCUGGACCCAGACAGUAGAGCGCUACCAGCGGACUGUAGCACAGGUCAAACCCAGAUUCCUCCACUCUGAAAGGACACAGAACCAAAGCCAGGGGAAGCCCAAAACACCCUCCGGCAGCAACUUCUGGGACCUGGUGGGGCCUGAAGCAGAGGGCGACUGGGGGCUGGGAGCAGUAGGAGGGGAAGGGGGGUUACAGUCCUGGGGGUCCCUGGCAUCUCUGUUCAGACCACAAACAUGCUCCACGUUGAAGAUAGGUGAAGAUAAAGGGAACAGGAAAGAAGGGGGAGGAAAUGGAGGUGGAGCAGGAGGAGCUGGUGGAGGGAAGUUCCUGCAGAACCUUCUGAAUCCUGUCAAGAAAAGUCCUACCGAGGCCCCACUCCCUCCAAAGCCUCCCAGGAAGCGCCACCCCAGCUUUGACCUCCAGGCUCUCCUGGCCCCCCGCAAAGGCACUGCCACCCCAAAACCAGACUCUCCCGUUGGCGGGAUUAGCCGCAAUUCCCCCCUGUCCUGGCUGGGCCGAAAGAACGUAGCCGACCCCGUCAUCACCACCAGCAUGGCUGCAGCUAUCCCUGGGUGGGGCGUCGGAGGUGGCGUGUUGAUUCGAGGUGUGGAGGUCAGCAGCAAAGAAGUGGUGGAUCACACAGGGUCGCCACGGCAACAUGUCCUCCUGGGGAGGACUGAGAGGGACAUGGGGACUGACAGGACUGGGUCAACUGCACAGAGUAAAUUAUACCUGCUCUGGUGCAGGAUGCUGAGCUCAGAGAGGCAGUACGUGGCUGUCCUGAAGGGAGUUGAAGAAACAUACCUGCCCCUGCUGGAGCUCUCUGACACCCCAGCGUCUAUCAGGGGGAAGGGAGACACGCUCUUCCCCAACUGGAGCAGCCUCUGUGCCUUUCACUCCCAGAAUUUGCUCCCUGCCAUGGAGGGGGCUCUCGUGCAGAGUUUGUUGCAACAAGACUGCUUCAGCAAAUAUCGGGAGGAAUUUCUUCAGUAUUCCCACUACAUUCGCUCCAAACCUGAAAUGGAUUCACCGCUGGUCACACAAGCAGCAGACUUCUUUAAGUCUAAACUCCCCCAGGCCUCCCCCCUCUCCCCUCUGUCUUUCCCUCACUGCCUGCAGGCUCCCAUUCAGAGACUGGAGCAGUACUGUGAGGCCCUGGAGGAGCUGGGGGGCUUAAAUCUGGCCUCGGACUCCGCCCUCUACGUCCUGAGACACGCCCAGAAGCACGGCGAGGACCUCAGGGCCAGUGACCUCAUCGUCGGCUGUCCGAUUGCAAUGGGAGAACGUGGUGAUCUGGUGAGGCAAGGAGAGCUGACCGUCUGCGGGGGACCUCGGAGGAAGCGAGCAGGGGUCAGGAAUGUCUUCCUCUACCAGCAGGUCAUCAUCUUUACCAAGCAGAAGAGUCCCAGUCCAGGACGCACCGUCUACAGUUACAAGCACAGCAUCAAGACGGGCGAAAUGGGUCUGACUCAGAGUGUUGGUGACGAAGGAGUGAAGUUUGAAGUCUGGGUCAGACAGGCUCCCCGAACCAGAGACUGCAUCACCCUUCAGGCCCAGGACAGGGAAGGAAGGGAGGCCUGGGCUCAUGACAUAGCCCAUCUGCUGUGGACGCAUGCCAUUAACAACACAGAGCUGUGUCUGAAGGAGUCACUGUGCAUGGGAGUUUCCAGUAAGCUUCUGCUGGAUGCUACAGGAACUCCAGGAUCAGAGUUGGACUCUGUCUCCAGUCUGAGCGACAGAGUCCACAGUAGCUGCUCAGACUCUUCCUCUGUGGGCAGUCAGAAGGAGGGGGGAUCCCCAGCUUCUGGGAGGGACCCCAGGUCAAGCUCCGGAUCAACAAGCUAUUCACAGAAUCAUUCACCGUCUACAGCUGUGUGACUGUCAUCUCAACAACAAAGCAGAAACUGCACUCAGGACCUUUAGAGGAUUCCUUCAUCUCUAAUCCAACUCAAACUGGACUCCAUGUGAACUUCUCCAACACACCAGCACCCUCUCUUGUACCCUUCAACCUCCUCCAAGAGUGCAAACAAUGCCAGGGGAUUAGGCGCAGCUGCACUGUUCCGCAUCCAAACGGGAUCAGAAAUUGCCCUCUGUUUAGACCAUGACAAGCACCAGCGGGGCUCUCUCUGACACUCCGCCAUUUUGGGUCUGCCAGUCUCAGCUGCUGGCAGAGUCAUCGACACCAAAGGCACUUCGGCUGCACAGUGCGGCCUUUGUCUGCUCCGCAACUCCCCACUAGGCCAAACCACUUGGUCUGAACCACUGACUGGCUGCCUUUACACAUCACAUGCUUCAGCAUCUGAUAAUAAACAGGAAGUAAUAUUUGGGAGCGUAAAUGUGGCAUUGGAUUGCAGAUUUAGGAUGUAUUAUGGACUUUAUCACCCUCAUAAUGCUGAAUGGAGGACUGUAUACUUCUUUAUCUGGCCUGUGUUUCGUGUCUGUGUGGUUUGGGUUAGGUGGGAUUGGAUCUAUGUAAAUUAGGUAACCAGCACACUCACUCAGACACACACAAUGUCCCCCGACACAUGCAGUCACUCUUAUUGUUAUCAGACAGUGGAGCACUGUUCACAUUCACAUGCUCUCUUCUUCUCUCUCUCUGUCGCUGCCCAGUUUAGAGCCUGGUACAGUGACUAAAUGAGGCGAGCCUCCAUCUGAACACAUAGAGAUGAUGAACAAGGAAAGCGGUUUUUUAGUUACAUGACUAUUGGAGUGUCUAAGCAAAUUGUAUAAACAGUACUAAGAACUGAAAGUAAUAAUGGUAUCUAUCUUUUCUUUUAAGCGUAAAAGUGGCAUGAAAAUGUUCCCCCAUUACAGUAUUAUGUUUUUUUCUUUUUUUUUUCUUUUCAUGUUUCAAAUCAAGCAAAGUCAAUGUUUAGAAAAAAAAAGA